CCUGGAAGGAAGGCCAAGGGGAGGGACGAGGAGGGAAGGGUGUGUUGGUCCUCAGCGCUGACCAGCCCCGCUCUUGGCCAGUGGGACAGGAAAGUGGGUUUCUGGUUUUCACCUGCAUUGCUUCAGUUGUCUGUGAGGGUGACAUUUCCCUUUGUACCGUAAUGUACCCUCAGUUUGUCCAUGUUCCAGUCAACAGAUUGUUAGUGUCCUGGCUUUUUUGAAUCUAAAACCCCAGGCCAGGGCAAACAUUUUAAGAACGAAUUCACCAUUUGCGCCCUCAUCCGUGUUAGCAGCUGCAAGUACAAAGGGAAUUGCAAACACCCCUCCUUGCCAUCUGUCUCCUCCUGGCUCCUGACAGGGGCCCUCUCAGCACCCUCUGUGGGCGGGCACGAGGACCCCAGCUCUCUCCCAGUGUGGUCCCCUCAGGAGCGGCUCUCUUCUCCUGCGACCUUAUUCUGCCGUGAAUUCUUUGGACAAUGCCUGAUUUGCUGCCCUUUCCCCUUUGCUCCUUACUCCCCACUUGGUGGAGUGAGCCUUGCAGAGGUUGCUUUGCCCUUGCCACGAGGGCCUCUGGCUGCUGCUGGCCGGGCCCCCGCUCCUCUCCUCAUCAGCUUCCCUAGCACAGCCAGGGGCCCCACAGACCUGCCCAUGGGCCAAGCCAGGCUCUGCACCAGGCACUUUAGCCCGUGCUGUGCGCUGGACUGUGCAGGUGAUGUCUUGGGGACUCCAGGAGGGACACCCUGGGGGCUGCGUGGAAAUUACCCAGGCAGAGCGCUGGCCGCUUCAGGGUGGUGCCUGGGAUGGCCGUGGCCCACUGUGCCCAGCGGAUGCCAGCAGCACGUGAAGCAAGCCUGGUGGCCCCGCAGCACACCCGCCCAGCCUCAUCACGCCACAUCCACUCCUGGCAUUCGUGCAGAUCCAGCUCUUCAGACCUGACCGACCCAGGUGUGGGUUACAUAAGUGUCACCUGGGUCUGGUUUUCCCAGAGUAGCCCGUUUGCCCUGUUCUGGUGUUUUACGAACAGCGCCCUUUUGGAUGGUAAAUUAGAUAAUCACUGGGCUGAGGGGCUUUUGUCUACAAAUGCACUGCUUCCAAACAUCACAGGGCCAUCCUAGAGAUGCUCGACAGGAAGGGCACUCUCACACGUAUCAGGAAAACCCAGAAGGUUUCCAAAGUCCCCAUGGGUCACUGUUCAUUUCAGUGGGUUCUAGAUCAGAUCAGUUUGGUCCAGGUCUCCCAAGGGCCUGCUCUUAGAACUCUCUUGGCAUUCACCAGAUGGCUUCCUGUGUUACAGAAGCACACAUCCGACCCUGAACUAGUACCUCCUUUCUGACUUCUCCCACCCCCCACACUGUUAUUAAUUUUCUGUCAUCUGCUCUGGCACAUGAGCUCCUCAGCGGAGGGACGUGUCUGCCUGGUUCAUGGCCAUAAGACCUGCACUUGUUGCUUACUGACACACUGGACAGCCUGGAUGGAAAGGGCAAACUCUUGGACACACACAACCCACCAAAGCUGAAUUAUGAAGAAACAGGACAUCUCAUGGGCCUGCAGCUAUUACAGAGACUGAAUCGGUAAUCAAAAGCCUCCCAGCAAAGGAAAGCUUUGCUGGUGAAUUCUACCAUGGAUUUAGAGAAAAAAUCAACACUAAUCCUUAAAUUCUUCCCAAAUGUUGAGGAGGAGGGAACAUUUCCUAACACUUCCUCUGAAGUCAGCAUUGCCCUGAUAACCAAAACCAAAGACUCGACAAGAAGAGAGAACUACGAAAAAAAACAACCCUCACGAACCUUGAUGCAAAAUUCUCAGCAAAAUACCAGGAAACUGCAUGCACCCGUGAGUUAGAAAGAUGGUACACCACGACCAAGUGGAAUUAGUUCCUGGAAUGCAAGGAUGGUUUGGUCUCAAGAUCAAUCCGGGUGAGACACCACACUAACAGAACGAAAGAGGGAAAGCCCACAGGAUCAUCUCAACCAACGCAGAGAAAGCACUUCACAAAAUUCAACACACUAUCAUGAUAAAAAUAACAAACAAGGAAUAGAAAGAAAUUUUUCAGCAUAGUAAGGCCACAUAUUAAAAAGCCCAAAGUGAACAAUGGUGAAAAAGUUAAAAAAAAAAAAAAAAAAAAGCAUUUCCCCUAAGAUCAGAAACGAGAAAGAUGCCACUUUUACCACUUCUACUCAACACGGUAUUGGAAGUUCUAGCCAGAGCAAUUGAGCACAAAUAAAAAACAAACAGCAUCUAAAUUAGACAGAAAGAAGUAAUUUCUGUUCACCAAUGACAUGCUUUUACGUACAAUCAUCAAGAAUUAGGAACUCUAAAGAUUCCACAAAAUGCUAUUAGAAGUAAUAAAUUCAGCAAAGUUGCAGAAUACUAAAUCAACACACAAAAAUCAGUUUUGUUUCCAUACACUAAGAAUAAACAAUCCCAAAAGGAAAUUAGGAAUGCAAUUCCAUUUACAACAACAUAAAAAAAAAAAACUUAGGAAUACACGUCAGUGACGGGACAAAAGACUUGUGAGCUGAAAACUAUGAAACAUUGCUGAAAGCAGUAAGGCACAAAUAAAUGGAAACACAUCCCAUGUUCAUGGAUCAGAAUAUUAACAUUGUUAGGAUGGCAAUACUACCCAAAAUGACCUAUACAUUCAAUGCAAUCCCUGUCAAAAUUAUCAUAGCCCUUUUUGCAGAAAUGGAGAAGCCAAUCAUCAAAUUCAUAUAGAGCUGUAAGGGGCCUAGAAGAACUGAAAGGAUCCCGAAAAAAGCACAGAGUUGGAGGGCUCACACUUCCUGAUUCUAAAACUUACUACAAAGCUACAGAAAUCAACACAGUGUGGCAUAAGCCUGGACAUGCAGACCAAUGAAAGACAAUAAAAAGCCUGGAAAUAAACCCUUCCCCACAUAGUCAAGUGAUUCUGACAAGGGUGCAAUGAGCACUUAACGGGGAGAGAACUAUGCUUUCAACACAUGGCGUUGGGAAAGCUGCAUCUCCACACGCGAAAGCAGGAUGCUGACCCUUACUAACACCAAAUGCAAAAACUAACUCAAAAUGGAUCAAAAGCCUAAACCUAAAACACAGGAUGAAACCUUCAUGACACUGGAUUUGGUAAUGACUUCUUGCAUAUGACAUCAAAAUGCACAGGCAACAAAAGAAGAAAAAAGAGUUGAACUGGAUUUCCUCAAAAUUAAAAAUGUUCGUACAUCAAAGGACACACCUGACCAACAGAGUGCAAAGACAACUGACAGAAUGUGAGAAAACAAUUGCAAAUCAUCUAUCUGAUAAGAGAUUAAUAUCCAGAAUAUAUAAAGAACACCUACAAGUCAACAACAAAAAAAACCCAGCCCAAACCAAAAAUGAAGAAAGGCCUCAAAUGGACAUGGACAAAUAUAUAGAUGGUCAUUAUGCACAAUAUCAUUACUCAUUAGGGAAAUGCAAAUCAAACCCACAAUGAUCAUGGAGUUUCAGUGGCAACAAAUUUUUGCCAUCAAAAACUAGUAUUAUACUGAACUGUAUGUUGAGAAAUCAAAAUAAAAAUCUUUACUUCAAAAAAAAAAAACCACCCCACAGUGAGAUACCACUUCCCCCACAUUAGGACAGCUAUAACAAACACACACACAUACAACCAGAAAACAACAAAUGUUGGCGAGGAUAUGGGGAAAUUGGAACCCUCGUGCACUGUUGAUGGGAAUGCAAACUGGUGCAGCCACUCUGGAGAACGGUAUGGAGGUUCCUCAAGAAGUUGGAACUACCCUAUGAUUCACCGAUCCCACUUCUGGGCAUACACACAAAGGUAGCAGCAGGGACACAAACAGAUAUUUGCACACCCACACUCCUAGCAUCACUCACAACAGCCAAAUGGUGGGAACAACUCAGGAGUCCUUCAACAAUGAACGGACAAAUCAAAUGUGGGUUCUAUGUAGGAUGGAACAGUAUUCAGUCCUAAGAAGGAAAGGAAUCCUGACCCCUGCUACAACAGGGUGAACCUGGAGGACACCGUGCCGGGCGAAGUAAGCCAGUCACAGAGGGUCCAACUCUGCAGGAGUCCACCGACCCGUGGUCCCUAGGACAGUCAAGCUCACGAAGACAGGAAGAAGAAUGCUGUGUGGGAGUAGAAGAGGAGGAGGCCCCAGACAUCGACAUAUACCACUGCCCGAACUGCGAGAAAACCCACGGGAAGUCUACCCCGCGGAAGACGUGGUGGUCCGCGUGCCGGGCAGCCAGCUCACGCUGGGCUACAUGGAGGAGCACGGCUUCGCUGAGCCCAUUCUCGUCCCCAAGAAAGAUGGGCUGGGCCUGGCGGUCCCGGCCCCCACCUUCUAUGUCAGCGACGUCGAGAACUAUGUGGGCCCAGAGCGGAGCGUGGAUGUGACAGACGUCGCCAAGCAGAAGGACUGCAAGAUGAAGCUGAAGGAGUUUGUGGAUUACUACUACAGUACCAACCGCAAGCGGGUUCUCAACCUCACCAGCCUUGAGUUCUCCGACACCAGGAUGUCCAGUUUUGUGGAACCGCCUGACAUCGUCAAGAAGCUGUCGUGGGUGGAGAACUGCUGGCCCGAUGACGCACUGCUGGCCAAGCCCAAGGUGACCAAGUACUGCCUUAUCUGUGUGAAGGACAGCUACACCGACUUCCACAUCGACUCGGGCGGCGCCUCUGCCUGGUAUCACGUGCUCAAGGGGGAGAAGAUCUUCUAUCUCAUCAAGCCAGCUUCAGCCAACAUUUCCCUCUAUGAGCGCUGGCAGUCGGCCGCGAACCACAGCGAGAUGUUCUUUGCCGACCAGGUGGACAGAUGUUACAAGUGCACCCUCAAGCAGGGCCAGACGCUCUUCAUCCCCUCGGGCUGGAUUUACGCCACGCUCACACCUGUGGACUGCCUGGCCUUCGCGGGACAUUUCCUCCACAGCCUGAGCGUGGAGAUGCAGAUGAGUGCUGAGUGCCCUGGACAAUUGUUUGCUGUGGUUUCCAGAGCAUACGAAGUGGAAAGGAGGUUGAAACUGGGCAGCCUGACUCAGUUUCCCAACUUUGAAACAGCCUGCUGGUACAUGGGGAAGCACCUGCUGGAGGCGUUCAAAGGUUCUCACAAGUCUGGGAAGCAGCUGCCCCCCCAUUUAGUCCAAGGAGCUAAAAUUCUCAAUGGUGCUUUUAGAUCAUGGACGAAGAAGCAGGCUUUGGCGGAGCAUGAGGACGAGCUCCCAGAGCACUUCAAACCUUCCCAGCUCAUCAAAGACCUCGCCAAAGAGAUCCGCCUCAGCGAGAAUGCCUCCAAGGCCGCCCGACCCGAAGUGACCCCGGCCAUCUCCUCAGAUGAAGUCUGUUUUGGGGACCGGGAGAAAGAGGAGCCCCCAUCUCCUAUUGAGGCCAGUCCUCCUCGGUCCUUCCUGGAGAAAGUAUCCAAAAAAAAGACUCCCAAAACCGUGAAGAUGCCCAAGCCAUCCAAAGUUCCCAAACCCCCCAAGCCCCCCAAGCCCCCGAAGCCCCCCAAAUCACUGAAGCUCAAGGAUGGGGGCAAGAAGAAAGGGAAAAAGUGCAGGGGGGCAGCCUCACCCACCAUCCCCAACCUGGACCUGCUGGAGGCCCACACCAAGGAGGCGCUGACCAAGAUCGAGCCUCCCAAGAAAGGCAAGGCCACAAAGGGUGUCCUGAGUGUGCCCAACAAGGAGGCGAUCAGCUCGCAGAAUGACGUGGAGAGGCUAGAAAUCCGAGAGCAAACUAAGAGCAAGUCAGAAGCCAAGUGGAAGUACAAGAACAGCAAACCUGACUCCCUGCUGAAGAUGGAGGAAGAGCAGAAGUUGGAGAAGUGUCCUCUGUCAGGGAGCAAGGACCCCAAGUUCUCGUUUUCCUUCAACAAGAGACUGCUGGGCUCCAAGGCCCUCAAGCCACAGCCCAGCCCAGGCGUGUUUGGGGCCGUGCAGAGCUUCAAGGAGGACAAGCCCCAGCCAGUGCGGGACGAGUACGAGUACGUGUCGGAUGACGGGGAGCUCAAGAUCGAUGAGUUUCCCAUCAGGAGGAAGAGGAGCACCCCCAAGAGAGAUUUGUCUUUCUUGCUGGACGGGAAGGAGCCUCUGGCCACGCCCGCUACGAAGCCAAAGCUGGACUCGGCGCUCUACAAGCAGAGUGACGGCUCCUCUGACGAGGGCUCGCUGCACAUCGAUACAGACUCCAAGCCCGCCCGCAGUGCCAAAGGGAAGAAGGAGGGCGUGGGCUCGGCCGCGGGCAUCCUGGACCUGCUGCAGGCCAGCGAGGAGGUCGGUGCGCUUGAGUACAACCCCAGCAGCCAGCCCCCGGCCUCCCCCAGCACGCAGGAAGCCAUUCAGGGAAUGCUGUCCAUGGCCAACCUGCAGGCCUCUGACUCCUGCCUGCAGACCGCGUGGGGCGCCGGCCAGGCCAAGGGCAGCUCACUGGCGGCCCACGGUGCCCGGAAGAACGGGGGUGGCGGCAAGAGCGCGGGCAAGCGGCUGCUGAAGAGGGCGGCCAAGAACAGCGUGGACCUGGACGAUUACGAGGAGGAGCAGGACCACCUGGACGCCUGCUUCAAGGACUCGGACUACGUUUACCCCUCCCUGGAGUCUGACGAGGACAGUCCGGUCUUCAAGUCCCGGUCCAAGCGGAGGAAAGGCUCUGACGACGCUCCCUACAGCCCCACAGCGAGGGUCGGCCCAUCGGUUCCAAGGCAGGACAGGCCUGUGCGUGAGGGCACCAGAGUGGCCUCCAUCGAGACCGGGCUGGCAGCUGCCGCAGCCAAGCUGUCCCAGCAGGAGGAGCAGAAGAGCAGGAAGAAGAAGAACACCAAAAGGAAGCUGGCUCCCAACACUCCCUCCCCCUUGGCCUCCACCAGCACCACCUCGGCCUCCACCACCCCGGCCUCCACCACCCCGGCCUCCACCACCCCAGCCUCCACCACCCCGGCCUCCACCAGCACGGCCAGCAGCCAGGCCUCACAGGAGGGCAGCUCACCCGAGCCCCCGCCUGAGGCACACAGUAGCAGCCUGGCGGACCACGAGUACACCGCGGCCGGAGCCUUUGCAGGGGCCCAGGCUGGCCGUGCCUCCCAGCCCAUGGCCCCUGGGGUCUUCCUCUCGCAGAGGCGGCCCUCCGCAUCAUCCCCCAACAACACCGCUGCCAAAGGAAAACGUACAAAGAAGGGCAUGGCCACCGCCAAGCAGAGGCUUGGAAAAAUUUUGAAAAUUCAUCGGAACGGAAAACUGCUCCUUUAAAGUUUGGAAAGCCAGGAUCCUUCUGCUCCGCUCAGGACCCCCGGAGCCCCGCUAGAACAUCAGCCCCCAGGAGGGUGGCCACGCUGCCUCACCCGGGGGAGGGCCUGGCCCCCUCCCGGCCACCACUCCCCCCAUACGAGCAUCUGUUGCUUCAGCAGGCGGAGCUCACCAAUGUGGACAGACGUCCUUUCUCAAGUUGCUUAGAGUGACCAGUUCCCGAAACUUGGCCCUGCCUGUUUGAGGACCAUUCCAGUUUCAGGAGAGCCUCCAGGCACCCCUGAGUGUGGGUGUGAUCACAGGGCUUCUGCAGCUCUGCAGGAGCACGAGUCCUUCGAGGAAGGAGUGAGCCAAUGCUCACCAGGCCCAGAGUCUGAGCUGGCCACAGGCUGGUAGCCUCCAGAGGCUUAAAAAAGGCAAAGAACACUAGAGAGGAAGAGGAGGAGAAAAUGGGGUAUUAUGUGCCCCCCUACUCUUCCCAAGUGAUUCUCAGACAGUCCAGAGAGUGUGCGGCCCGGCCAGGAGAGGGGCCUCUGUGCUCCCCGGCCGGCGGGUGGCGGGCCGGAUGGUGGGUGUUGUGCCCCGAAUGGCCAGGGUCUUUCUCGGGACGCUGGGGCCGGCAGCAGGGUCCGUGUGUUAGUGGGUGGGGGCGCCAUCAUGGGGUCUCCCCAGAAGGGUCGGGCCCAGCCGUGAUGUGGGGCCUGGUGGCCCGGGCUAAGCCAUGAGGGUGGGCCCAACGCUGCCCCACGGGCUACACUCCGAGAAGCACUUCUCAGCCGAGGCACCCCGCCUGGCGGGGUGGAUGACGACGGGGUGGCCCGAGGACGUGGGGCCCGGCACGUCUGUCUUGUCAUCUGUCCGUGUUUUGUGUCGAGUCCCCGGGUGGACCCCAGACCGAACGUCCGCCCGUCGACACGGAGGGGCUGGAGUUGUUUCUCAGGCAAUCCUGUAUUUUAAUUUUAGAUGUAUCUCCUGAAGCAUAUUUUUCAUAGAAUGUAGCGUGUAAAUAGCUUUUUAAAUAACUUCUUUUUUAUAAGAGUAAAAGUAUCUUUAGGGAUUUCUUUCUAGAGAGUCUGUCAUUAACAUUUAUACGAGUUUUUUGCCGAGUAUGAUGAACACUUGGGUUUGCCUCCUUCUUUCUGUUUACUGUUCCCGUUGGUGUUACUUUCUUCUUUUAGGAACUAAGGUAUUGCCUGAAAAACACGUGUCCCUGGAGUCUUCUGUCUGUCUGGGCGGCAGCGAGCCGCACGAGAUGGGAGAGGCCUCCACGCGGACGCCAGCUCUUUGUUUCCUUCUCGUUGGCGAAGGGGGUGGGGAUGCAGUUAUUUUACUUAGCACCUUGUGAAGUGUUUCUGUGUUUUGUGAUGCUGUAAUUUAUUAAUGUUUGUAGCUUUUUAUAUUUGUACAUUUCUUAUGAGCUUGGUUUAUACGCCCGUCCCUGGGCGCUGAGUCCGCGAGGCCCGGCCCCAAGGCUGGCGGGCAAGCUCGCUGGGCGCCGGCCGCGCCCGCUGUGCCGUCCCGGCGUCCCCGAGGCUUCCUUUCCCGUCCUCGUUGAACAUUUAUAUACUCUAACCCGGCCAUCAAGCUGUUCUCUCUCUCUCUCUUUUAUUUUUUAAAGUUUAUUAUUAUUAUUAUUUGGCAACAUGUACAUUUCUAACAAAGUUUACCGUGGCUAUUAAAGUGUUUUAUUUCCCAAUU